GUACUAUAAAAGCAAAGUGAGCGAUGAGGGACCUUUAUUUUGACAUCGUGUUCGGAAACCCAAUGGGUGAAACGCUGCAACAAAUUACAGGAGGGGGUCACUUCCGUCCUGCCUUGCUGUUGCUGUGAGUCGCGUGUGAGCCUUGGUUCGGGUCUGAAGCACAGAUUGAUCCUCAGUGCGGCUUUAAACGGGUUCGUCUGCAGGCCGUGUUCCUCAGCGAUGAGCUCGAGCAGGAGGAACCCUCCUAGGUCAAGGCCGGGACCCAGCGCAGACAGCAGGGCCGGCUCUUGGUCGGAUCCCAACAUGUCCACAGCAGGAACCGAGGAAGGUUCUGGAACACUGGGGAGGCUGAUGGUGCUGCCAGUGGCACGGUUGUCAUGGCAGCAGCUGAAGCACCUGGAGGAGCAUCGCUACAGCAGCUCGGGGAAGUCCGUCCUGGAGCCCCUCAUGCAGCUGUUCUGGUGCUGGCUGGUGAAACAGCUGCCUCUGUGGAUGGCCCCGAAUCUCAUCACCAUCGUGGGGCUCGCCGUCAACGUCAUCACCACCCUGAUUCUCGUCUACCACUGUCCCACAGCUACAGAGCAGGCUCCCACCUGGACAUACCUGGCCUGUGCUUUGGGUCUUUUUAUCUACCAAUCACUGGAUGCCAUUGACGGUAAACAAGCCCGACGGACCAGCAGCAGCACUCCGCUCGGAGAGCUCUUCGACCACGGCUGUGAUUCGCUCUCCACUGUGUUUGUAGUGUUGGGAACGUGUAUAGCUGUUCAGUUGGGGACGAAUCCAGACUUGAUGUUCUUCUGCUGUUUCGCUGGAAUCUUCAUGUUCUACUGUGCUCACUGGCAGACCUAUGUCUCUGGAACGCUGCGCUUUGGCAUAAUCGAUGUGACUGAGGUGCAAAUCUUCAUUAUAAUCUUGUACUUGCUGGCUGCCGUCGGAGGAGCAGCCUUUUGGGAAUAUGUGAUUCCGGUUCUGAAUAUCCAGUUUAAAGUAAUUCCCGCCAUCUUCACUCUGUUGGGAGCCGUCUUCUCCUGUACGAACUACUUCCAGGUCAUUUUCUCAGGCGGAAUGGGCAAAAACGGAUCUACCGUUGCAGGGACGAGCGUUCUCUCUCCGGCCUUCCACAUAGUCGUGAUCAUCUCUCUGGCUCUGCUGAUCUAUAAGACGUCAUCUGAGCAGCUGUUCCAGAAACAUCCCUGCCUCUACAUUUUAGCAUUCGGCUUUGCCUCCGCCAAGCUAACCAACCGACUGGUGGUGGCUCACAUGACUAAAAGUGAGAUGCAUCGUAGUGACCUGGCCUUUCUGAGUCCAAUGCUGCUGCUCCUUAAUCAGUAUUUCAGCUACUUCAGUGAGCAUCUUGUCCUCUGGGUGGCGCUGGUUGUAUCUGGUUGUGAUCUGGUGUGCUACUGCGUGAGUGUCUGCAAUCAGAUCGCCGCUCAACUGAACAUCAGCGUGUUCAAGCUCCGCCAGCCAGAAUCCCGUAAACAGGACCACCACAACCGCCAUUAACACCCACCCUCUCACUCCCGUACUCCCUCCCUCAUUCACUCCCUCCCUCACUCCGUCCCCCUGCAGGUCAGUUACUGCAGCGAAUGUAACCAACGCCGAACCCAAACACAGUCCGAAUUACGCACAGCUCUUCACCUGUAUGAGUCUGGAGUAGUAGAUUCUGUGAGGAACGAUUUUAUAGACUGAGGGAAUUAACUGCUGCAAAGUUUUACACUCUUUUUUGUGACGUUCAGUUCUCAGUGUGAUCGUUAAUUUAAUAUUUUCUAGCCAAAGCUUUUUGUUUGUGGUUUGUUUUUAACAGUUGUGAAAAACCUAACAGAGGAACAAGUUAUUCAAAUGCCGCUCAUCAGAACAGCCAGUUGGAAAUUCUCCCAUAAUUCGGUGAGAUGUAAAGAGAAGGAUUCAGAGCCGUUUGGUGUGAAAUGGAUCGGCUCCCUUUACAGUGGUGGUGAUAGGAACCAGGGGUCGCCAUGACUACAACACAAAUAUAGACAUUUUAUUUACCAUCCAGAACCACCAGAGAACUUAUACGAGUCUUCUCCUCCAGAGAACCUUAUCACGAGUCUUCUGAGUUUAUAUGGACUGUUGAUGAUGGAAAAUAGUGGAAAAUCUGGAAUAAUGAGUUUUCUUUGGGGACUAUUUUGCCGCACAGCGCCCUGCAUGUCUCCCUCCACCA